GAGUCCUCCGCUGAGGACGCUGUGGAAGAAGGGAUUGCGCAACGCAUCCAAGAGCAGUACGACUUGGAGGCAGCGCUGGAGGAGUCAGCCCGGAUCGCAGGCGUCGAGCCGGAACCGGCUGACUUGGGUGUCGGUGAAGCCGCUGCCAUUGGCGCGGGAAAGGGGGAGAGAGACCGCACCCGUAGGAGGGGGUGCCGUGCCGGCGCCAAACACGUCGCGGGCCGUGAAAACCUCUCCUAUGGGCAGACGUGUGAAUACAUCCGUGCACAGCUCGGUGAUUCCACUUAUGCGCGGUUCGGCCGCCGCUUCAAUCUCCCUCACAUUCCCCCACAAGUGGCCCGCAAGCAGUACCCAGAGUGGUUCGGAUAUGUUCUUCGACAUUCUGAGAGGUGGGCGUCUGAUGCAGAGGGAGAGCUUUUGCCAGUGGACACCAUCACUCGAUGGGCGACCAUCCUGCCUGAGCUGUGGCAGUUCCUCUAUUCGAUCGACUCCACUUUGCUGCAAGGCCACUUCGGGAUCAUCCUCCGCGGUCAGUGCAGCGAUAGCCACGGCUCCUUG